AUGCACGCUUCGCCCGCCACCACACCGCCCCCCUUGACAUCCACCCCGAAGUCCAAGAAGGCCUUAUCCACACACAAACCUGUCGUCGCUCUCGAGACUAUCCUCGUCACCCAUGGGUUCCCCCACCUGAUCAACUACACCCUCUCGUCAGACCUCGAAGACAUUGUCAGAUCCAUGGGUUACGUCCCGGCUACUAUUGGAAUCGUUGGGGGACGCAUCAAGGUUGGCUUGGAGAGGGCCCACAUUCCUCCUGCUCUCCCUCCUCCUCACCGUGCAUGCCACCAUUCACGGCACCCUCAUCCUCUUCUGGGGCUCCCCCGUGCUCUCGCUCCUCCAUGUUCCGAUGCACCUGUUCCUCCUGCUUGUCUGCUUCAAUGCAUUCUCCGCCUCCGUCCACCCAUGGCUCGGCUUCGCCACCUCCGUAUAGGGCACCAUACUCACAUGCAUGGGCCCGCUGUUCAUUGCCCUGGAGGGCCUCUGGAGUUUGGUGGUGGUCCAGAAGCUGGGGCAGCAGGGGAAGAAGUUAGUAGAGGAGGGGAGAUAUAUCAGUUUGGGUUACUCAUUGCUUCGGCUGGGACGUAUGUGGCUAGUGCUUGGUGGAUUGUCAAUGCGUACCCUGCGGCUGCGUCUUCCCCACUGUCCUCGACAUUUCUGGGAGUUGAGAUUACUGCGUUGCUCUUUCUUACGUUCAUUGGGUUCUUUUUGAGGCGGACGAAUAUCAUCGAGUCCUCCGGCCUGGCUUUGUUCAUGGCGUACAAUGUCUGGCUUUGUGGAUUUGACCAGGAGCUAUCUUCGGACCCGUCUUAUUCUUACGUCCCGCUCCUCCCAAACCUGAUUCCUCAUCUCCAGACUUUGCUCAAUUUCGUUACGAACACGCUGCCUAAACCAGUGUUGGUGGCUUUGUUGUACCGACUGACGGUGUUGCAGCUGGCUUCGAAGAUCUUGCCGGGUAUCGGCGCCGACAGUUGGGACGACGAAGAUGGUGUUGAUAAUGGCUGGGAGGAUCGACCGACGUUGACAUUGACUCGGAUACUCUUGACGUACCGACAAUUGAUUUUCGUGACUGUGUACUCUCACCUUCUCUUGUUGGAUCAUUCAUCCCAAGUAUGGUGGCGCUGGAUUAACAUCUUUUUCACGCUAGUUAUGUGGUCCAUCGAACUACUUGUUAGUACUGAAGACGACACAGUCCAAAAAGAAUGGAAGGUAGAUUAAUGAUUAAAGGUUCCUGUACUUGUUAU